AUGAAAGAUGGUGAGGCUUUGUUUCCUGCUAAUGGUAAAUUAUAUAAAUACGAUGUGACUAACACCAGCGCUGCGGAACCUGUAGAUCUGGAAAAUGUAGCUAUAACAGAUGGUUGGGAAGAACCACGUCUACUGAUUGCUGUAAAUGAUCAGUUCCCGGGACCAGCAAUUGAGGUCUAUCAAGGACAAACGGUGGUCGUACAUGUCACCAACUCACUUCCCAGUGAUUCUAUGACAAUACAUUGGCAUGGCUUGCCACAGGUUGGAACUCCGUGGAUGGAUGGUGUAUCAUUUCUGACACAGUGUCCCUUUCUUCCGGGGCAAACAUUCACCUAUCGCUUUAAAGCCUCGCAUAAAGGAACGUAUUGGUAUCAUUCACAUAUUGGUAUGAUGCGUUCUAUGGGCAAUUAUGGGCCCUUGAUAAUAAGAGAGAAGAAACCGUUGCGAAUGAAGGAGUUCAUAAUGUUACUCACAGAAUGGAACCAUGAUUGGGAUUCCAAUCUUGCCCAACUGAAAGAGGAGGAUGGUAUGUUCAUCAAUCGAACGGAAAUUAAAGAAACACAUUCUCUAGACGGUGCUAAAUUUAGUUUGUUUAAUUUUCAUUCAGUUCUAGUUAAUGGUAAAGGUCGAUAUUUCUCUGAGACGGGUGACAAUGGGGCGCCUUUAGAGAAUUUUUCUGUAGACAAGAGGAAUGACUAUGUAUUUCGCAUUAUAGCAGCAGGUGUCCAGGUACCAUUUAGAUUCUCCAUAGACAAUCAUGAUAUAACUGUAAUAGCCUCAGAUGGUUAUGAUCUUGAUCCUUACACAGCAGAAUCGUUGAUCAUUCACCCAGGGGAAAGAUAUGAUGUCCAGAUAAGUGCCUCUGCUGAUAUUUCUAAUUACUGGAUACGCAUUGUGUCUGUGGAAGCAGAUGUAGAACGAUUUGGAUUAGCUAUUUUGAAGUAUAAAGGUGCUACUGGCGUUGAGCCAACGACAUCAAAGAGACUCUGUACUGCACAAAACAAGUGCAGGGUUGUAAACUGCCCUUUCUUACAUUACCCCCAGUCUCAAAACAUUGAAUGUGUUACUUUCGACCAGUUGAAGAAUAAGGUUGAAGAUAAAGCCCCAAACGGUCCUCUGGAAGAAGAUCAAGAAUUCUUUCUGAAUUUCGCUUUCCCUGGAUUAGCGUGGAUUCCAGGUUCGGUUAAUGGAAGAACAUUCAGGAAACCUGUUGUUUCUGCUCUAACUCAACCUCAAGAGAUUGAAAUUGAAUGUAAAGAUGAUUGUGGAGAAGAGAAAGUAUGUCAGUGCCCUUACUCUAUAGAUUUGCAUCAUGGAAAAACAUAUCAGAUGGUUUUUCUAAACAUGGGAAUUGGAAAAGGUUUCUCGCAUCCAAUACACAUGCAUGGACAUUCCUUUUAUGUUCUAAAAAUGGGAUAUGGUAGCUAUAAUGCUACUACUGGAAAGAUAAUAGGCGAUAACUUAGAUAUUGAUUGUCGAGGUCAUUUAGACAGAGAAAAGAGUUUCUGUAAUGAUGCCACAUGGACAAACCCAAGUUGGUUGGGAGGUAAUGUUCCAGGACUUGAACUCAAGAAUCCACCAAGAAAAGAUACGAUAAUUGUUCCUACUGGAGGUUAUGUUGUGGUAAGAAUCAAGGCUGAUAAUCCUGGUGUUUGGUUCAUGCAUUGUCAUAUUGAGCUACAUACAAUGGAUGGUAUGGCUGUUAUGCUAAACGAGUCGUUUGACAUGCAUCCACCUCCACCUGAAGGAUUUCCAACAUGUGGCAACUUUGACUAUUCUCGGCCAGCUCCCAUGAGAAUGCCAUCAUCAUCUACACCCAAACCACACGACGAAGAAAAGAACGAAGGUCCUGGAUACAGCAAAUAUGACAGAUAUGGGGGAGAAUUAGGUAACUUUUUUAAAAACUAA